UGGAUGGACUGUGAAGAUAGUCGUGGACCUCUGAUACAGCACAUAUUGGACGCAACUCGCAUAUCCGACGGAGUGUUUGUGACUUUGAAGUUGAUAAAAAAGUCUAGGCAUCCCUAUGAGAUUGAAAUCGGCCAACUUUUCUCAUCAGAGCCGGUUGCGUCUGAUCCUGCCAACCACUGUGUACCAAUCUACGACGUCCUCCAUGUCCCAAACGAUGAAGACCAGGCUAUCAUAGUCAUGCCCUUAUUGCGACCGUUCACCAAUCCACGUUUCGAUACUUGCGGCGAAGUAGUCGAAUGCUUUCAUCAGCUUUUUGCGGGCCUGCAAUUUAUCCAUAAGCAACACGUCGCACAUCGCGACUGUAUGGCUCUGAACAUUAUGAUGGAUGCUACAAGUCUGUUCAUUGAUCCGUAUCACCCUCAAGACAUUGUGAUGAGACGCGAUUACAAAGGGGAAGCUAGAUGUCUCACUCGCACUCAAAGUCCACCUAAAUAUUUUUUCAUCGACUUUGGUAUAUCUCGGCGUUAUGAUGCUAAUAAUUUCGCGCCUCUGGAGAGUCCCAUAUGGGGGGGGGAUAAGUCUGUACCAGAGUUUCAAAACUCGGAUGAGCCACGUAACCCCUUCCCAACUGACGUCUACUAUCUUGGUAAUAUGAUUAGGUAUAAAUUUUUGUUGACAAAUAAUGGAUUCGAGUUCAUGGAACCCCUGGUGAACGACAUGAUACAGGAUGACCCGGCAAAGCGGCCUACUAUGGAUGAAGUCGUUCCGCGUUUUGACCAGAUUCUCAAGCAGAUCAGCAGCUGGAAAUUACGGUCACGCGUCAUCGGCAAGGAGGAUGGCCAUAUCACAGGCCUUUAUCUUGGUGUCACUCAUUGGACCCGUCGCAUCGGUUAUAUCAUCAGGAGAGUGCCGGCGAUACCAACGCCUUGAAACCCUUACGUUCUUUACCAUUAUACCUGCUACAUCUACUUAUGGAUCUAUCCGAGGAACUGGAUUCCUGGCCUCUGUGUAGUGUACUUUAUGUGACCAGGAGUCGCAGCUACACAUGAAUGUGUUAUUGAAUGCAUUCGAAUUUGCUCUGAACAUAUCUCCACUCAGGUCGGUCAAA